CAGCUGGCAGAAAGGGAUAAGCGAAGGCUCCAAACUAGUCAGGCAGAUAAAGGUUAAUAGCUGGGUGUUGGUUCUUUCUCACAUGACCAUAAAAGUGUUGGCUUCUGGACAGUGCUUGCUGCCUAACAGCCUGUCACUGUGUUUUGGAAUAAGGUGUGACCUGUUUAUUCAUAGAAUUAGCCAAUCAAUGUAGCACUCGGUGAACUUCAUUCAAGACAAGCAGGCUCUUAGGAUGUGUGUAAAUAUACCCUGUACCAGAGAGACUUAACAGUAGCCUGCAAAGGAGAACCAUUGGCUGGAUUUCUUCAAACAACACGAAACACUUGACAAACUUUCCUUGGGCUUUGGAUUAUUAUUAUUUUAGUAAGGCAUGUCGGAAAGUGAGGACCUUGGACAAAAUGAACGGUACUAUAACUUUACUUUCUGGCUGGGAAGUCAUCGAUUCCAAAUCUGAAUACAGACUCUGGUUGAACCAGUGUAUAGAAGAAGCAAUGAUGAGCUUUGCUGUAUUUCUCCAAGAAAUGUCUCAUUUCAAAGAACAGAACCCUGGCAAGUUUUGCCUUCUGGUCUGCAGUGUGUGCACAUUCUUCACAAUCUUGGGAAGUUACAUUCCUGGAGUUGUACUCUCCUAUCUUCUAUUACUAUGUGCCUUUCUAUGUCCACUCUUCAAACGCAACGAAUUUGGACAGAAAGUGUAUAGCAAUAUUAAGUCAUUUCUGCUGAAACUAGACUUUGGUAUUGGCGACUAUAUCAACCUCAAAUUGAAAGAGAGAGCCGAAAUGAUAAAAACAAAACUGACAGAAGAUGACAGUGAACUAGACAUAUCAGCCCUGUGCCCUAAGGUUAGCUCUACAACUGUGGCCAGAGAGAUGUCUGUAUCAGAUACAGACGUAUCGGAGGUAUCCUGGACUGAUAACGGAACCUUCAAUCUAUCUGAGGGAAACACUCCACAGACAGACACAUCUGAUGAUUUCGAUCGGCCAAGUGAUCAUGAGGAAGCUUUUGCAAGAGAUCUUGCAGAAUUCCCAUCUGUUGAAAAUGGGGCAGGAACAAAUGAUGAAGAUGAUUCAAGCAUUGGCAUACCUGUACAUCAAGAGAGAAGAAAGGAUCACCUCCCUACCACAUCGGACCAGUUCAGCAGGCAGGAGAAGGAGGGGCACUCUGCAGCAGGCCUCUCCUUGCCUUUAAUCAAUGACCAGGCCUUCAACUUAGUGAGAGCAAUUGCUGGUGAUGUUGUCACCUCUGUGGUGUCAGCAGCUGUCAGAGACCAGUUGCAGUCCAUGCAAGCAGACCCAGCUUUAAGCGAAGAGACAGACACAGAGGAAGGAGAUGAUUUUGAACUGCUUGACCAGUCAGAGCUUGAGCAGAUGGAAAGUGAACUGGGGCUUACCAAAGGCAAAGCGGCCGAACCACAAGAAAAGAAGUCCUCCAGCUUCCUCUCAAACCUGCUUGGGGGCCAUUAAUAUGGAAGCUGUUUAAUAAUCUAGCAAAAACAAAAUAUAGACAACAUGAAAUGCAAAAAAAAGAGAAAAUGAUGAGCUAUAAGCUUUAUCUAUUAUUUUAGAUGUGCUGUAAUGUCUUUCAUGCAGAGUGAACUAACUUGUUGCAGAUCAAUUGACACUGAUGGUUUUGUUUCUGAUAGUGAUGCCAUAGAAAUGAAGUAUCUGUCCCAUAAUUUUGUCUCAAAGGAAUUUAAGAAGCAAGAGAUUGCCUGGGGGUGGGGGGCUGGGCUAAAAUUGCCAAAUGUAGCGCCCUUGUGGCUUUAACCAAAUCCUCUUCACCUCCAGUCUGUUUACUCUUACUACUUAAGCAUUUAGGCAACAAUGCUUCAGGGAGAGAUAAUCAAUAGGAAUCAAGAAGCCAUCAUGUCCUAGUUGCCUCCUGUGUAGCAGAAUAACUAAACCUCCAGAGUAAACGGGUAUCUGAUAACCCCAGUGAUCUUGAACCUUUCAGUAAUCAUCAUCUCUAAUAUAAGAAGCAACACAUAAUCUUCAUUGGCCUGGAUUGUUGUCCUUUGUAUUGCCUGUCUGAAUUCUGAGAGGUUCUCUGUGAGAACUUCUCACAGAUAUGAUAGGAAAGGCAAUAUAUUUCCAAGUUACAUCCAUUCGUACAGGCCUUGUAGCCUGACAAAAUGGCAUGAUUUCAUGCAUCUGUGUGCUAUCUAUAAUCUUGUAUUAGGCUCAAAGAAUAGGAAGCAAAAACGUUACACUUGAGAAGAUGAAUAUAUAUAUAAUAUAUAUAUGUGUGUGUGUGUAUACCAUCUUACGCUUGAGACAGUGUGUAUGCCAUCUGUAAGUACUGUGUGUGUAUAUAUGCAAUGAGUGGUUGAAUUUGGUAUGCGGGAAACGGGGAACUAUGAAAUAUUUCAGUUGUUAUAAUUGACCAUCGCAGUUGAAAACUACCAUCCAUUCUAUGUUGUUUUGUCCAAAAAUAUAAGCAGUUGAUCACAUCUAAAAAUCUUAGAAAUUGCUGCUACACUCAGAUCUGUGAGAAUUGCUGCAGAACAAACACAGAAUAUUGCUGGCAUAUAAGUAGAGGAUGUUGCCAUAAUACAGUUCAAUGUUAACUCUGCAUAUCCUGUGGCUAGCACUGAGUCAUUUUAAGGCAUGUAACGUAUCUCGUUCUCCUUAGUUUUGUGGAUUUACCUUUACAACUGAGGGCAAGAGGCAGUGCCUCAUCAAGGUAAACCAAAGCUGAAAGGAAGAAAUAUCAUUAGCUUUAGUAGUGUGAUAUAAACAGCAGAGCAGACUGAGGGACCAUAUCAGCUAUUUUGACUAACCCAAACUCUUGCAGACUUAUACUGGCACUCUAACAGUAAAUGUGGUUGUUUUAUAAACUCCCAAAGUACAACCCCAAUAUACAGGGUGGUCUGCUCUUCUUCCAUCAUAGCUGCAGUGUUCAAUAGGCAUUAAACUGCAUAGUGAAUAUCACUACACAAUAUGUUAACUUUAGAAGAUACUAGGAGCUCAAUUCCAACUCUUCCAUGUAUCCUGUCCAAGGUAUUAAAUGUCAGGACCGCAGCUGGACACAAAACUACCCCAGUGGCUGACGUUCCAUGCAGAGUAGCACAGGUGAUUCUUAACCAUCCACACCUCUACAAGCGUAUACAGCAACACCUGUGGUAUUGUGCAAGAGCACUCUUACACUAAUACAUACAUCUACACAAUUGCACUUCGGCAAAACUGUGACCAUUAUUUCCCAAGGUUGUAGCGCCAUGGAAGAGCAAUUGCACAUUGUUAUGUAUUGGCCCCAAAGCACUCUUGCACAAUACUGUGGGCAUUGUUUUUGAAGUUCGGACAGUUGAGAACCACCCACAUUACUCUGCAUGGCAUGUCCGUCAGGAUCAGUUCUCACCCUGUGUAGCUUGGUUGACUGCCUCCUUGCCACACCAAAUUGUAGAAGUGUGGGGAAAUGGUUGUUUCUAACCAUGCAGAGUAUAAAAAGCGUCUGGGGCAUUAGACACUAGAUACUCAUGGACAUUUGCUGAUUAUGAUUGUGUCCCUGUAAUGCAUAUCAACAAUGCUUUCUCUUGGUCAAUUCAAACCUAGAGUCACAUGGAUGAAAGUGAAUUUAGCCCUGAAGAAAAGAUGGAAAAUGUCAGCAUGAUCCUAAGCAUGUUUACUCAGAAUUAAGUCCCACUAAAUUCAACAGGGCUUACUCUCUAUUGUGCAUAGGAUUGUAGCAAAAUCAGCACUAGGCAAGAUUCUGACAGUUAUUUCCAAUCCAAUAUGGUACAAUAUCAUACUUGGGUUAUUGUGUAAAUCUGGCUUUGAUGUCCUUGAGCAGUUCCCUCCUUUUAAAAAAAGGGGUACUUAAUAAACGAAGGAAUGCCGGGGGUGGGGGGGGGGAGAGACUUCCAUCUUACAGAGUGCAACUCUCACUUCAGCAGAAGUAUGCUAAGGAGAAGCUCAUACUGAACUGUGUAUGAACUGCGUAUAACCCUUGUUAAAUGUGUGUUUCCUUUUCAUUGUGAAGAUACGUACAAUGGAAGAGUAACUGAUUUAAUGAAUUGAGGCUACUCUUAGGUGAGAGCACAAUGGGAUUUGAGAAGACUUGUAGGUACACUGGUGGGGCAUCUCUCCAGCCUAUAAGAGAUGUGUUAUAACUGUGUGUACUUUUGUUUCAUAUUUUAAAAAAAUGUUCCAGGGGUUUCCAGUUAUAAAAUACAAUGGUACUCUUCUAGGAGUUUGAGUUCUGUUCAUCACUGAAAGCAAUUGGAGGGUUUGCUUGAGACUUCUUGUAAAUGAUCCACUUUCUGGUAUCAAGAUAGAAAAGUGCAAUUCUAGUGUCAUAGAAUAAAAAAAUCCCAUCCUGCAUAUAAUGUGCUUGUGUAGCUGUGCUGUUGUACAUACGAGAGAUGUGUUGGAUUGGAGCUCUGCGGUCUUGCUUUGUCUUCUAACACGUGCUGUGCAUAAAGGCAGAUGACCAGAGAUCUAAGUUUGUGCAUGCCCCCUGGGUUUACCUCCCCCACCCCUUUGAAUAGCAGGCUCUUUUCACCCUCAGCCCCCAAUGCUAAACAACUGCUUUUGAAACUACCUUCAGUCUCAAAAGCCAUUUGUCACAUGGCAUGAUGGGCUGCUGUUUGAGGAACACAAGCCUAAAGCUCCUCUGAGCAGUGGUUCUUUGGCUCCAGCCAGUUUAUUGACAUGGAGUAUGAAACAUAUUGGUUUCUAUUGACUUACUGGUUUCCCCUCCAAAAGACAAUCAUACUAACUGUGGUGAUCAGAGCUUAAAAGAUAAGUCAGGAGCCAGUAGGUGUACCAGCCCAAACAGAGAUGAACAGAUAUUUCUGAUUUCUAGGCUUCUGUCAUUGCUAUCAGCCAAGAGCUGAUAGCAGCCCUGCUGAAGUUGUUUGUCAUUCCAAAGAAUAGAAAUGAGACUAGAAGUAGCCAGAGAUUCCAUAAGACAUUCUAUGUAAAUGUUUUGAUUGCUUUAUAAACUGCAGAGUGAUCCAUAAAGAAUGACAAUGAUUUCAAGAAACUUGUUCCAUCGGCAUCCUGGUUCUUUGCAAAUACAGGUUCAGAACUGCAUGUUAAAAAUGGGCCAUGUUUUCAGUUGCCCUAAGAAGAGAUCUGUGCUUACCUCUGCUUACCUGUGGCAUACAAUGCACUUCCCUUUGUUCUUGUGCCACAAUAAAUACAAAUCUACUACUUACAUAGGUCCUUCUCAGAGAUCAUACCCCAUUGCUCUUCAGUCAGUAUGCCUACAACAGAGAAAAUGAAUGGAACAUCUGUCUACUCAUGACACAUACAUCAAUCUGUUGGCCUCCUUCAUAAUCUUCAUUGAACUGGUUUCUUUAUCACAGUUCAUAUACUCUUUCCUCCUUUACACAGAAGUGUUUUUUAAAUUUAACACUUUAUACAAUCCCUCACAGCAGAACUAAUGAUUAAGGCUGCAAGUUUAAACCAACCUAUUAGGAAGUAAUUCUUUUUGAAGUUGAACACAGUGAAAUGUCUUCUGAGUAAAUAAGAGGCUGAAAUCUUAAGCAUACUUAGAAGUUGCACUAAAAUUAGUAGGAUUUGCUUUCUAAUCAAUAUGGUCAUGGUUGGAUUGAAAUGCCUAUUUUGGAGCAACUGCAUUAAGAAACAAUAUAUAUUUGGGUUUACUUCCAGCAAAUGAGAGGCUGAAAAUGGCAGUUUGUAGAUUACCUGUUUGGAUGGCCCUUCCAGCUUCUUAUCUAUGUAACAUCCUUAUCUCUUCCACAAACCUUGAUGUAUGUCUCUUUCACGGAAAGUGCAGAGGUGUGCAGUGUCCCGUAACAGCUGACCAAAUACCCUCUGAGGUAAUGUAAUAGUACUGGUUUGGGGUUUGCUUGCUUGUUUUAUUUUGAAGGGGGCUUAUUUGUCUUUAUUCAUGAAAACACUUGCAAGAUGGCUGUCUUCUGUGCCCACAAGUGGUGAUAGAUUCAUUGCAGUUAAUGGAAGAUAAUACUUAUGGGAAUAAUUACCAAUGUCAAAGUUGUAGAAGUGUGAUUUCACCACAGAUUUGUAAGCACAUUUAAUCAUAGACAUACCCUGUUGCAUCACAGUCAUGGAUCUCUACUAAUAACUCUAGUAUCUGAUCAUGUUAGCACUCCACAGAAGUUAAUACUAAUACUAAUAUCAAUGUGUGGCAUAGUAUACUUUUUGCAGCCCCUCUAAUACUUGUACUUGCUACAAUUUAAUUAUCAUGUCUGAGCCAUUUAGAUAGUCAUCGCUAUAAAUGUGACCAAAAUAUACCUUUGAAGCCUAAGCAUAUUCAGGACUAGAUUUCUAUCUCCAAACCUUCCAAAAAUUAGUGAAAAGGAAAUGGGCUACUCAUGUCCCAUGAAGGGAAAAUAAAGUAGGUUGCGGGUGGACAUUUGCCUAAUGGAAAAUAUACUUUCAGAGAUGCUGAAGACAAUCCUUCCUAAUAAAUACAUAGAUCCUAAUCAGUCCAAAUGGGAGUUGCAUAGUUGCAGGUGGGAUGUAACUCAUGUUCCGCAGAACCAUUAAACAGCAUGGUCCAGCUGAAGAGAAGUGAUUCUUGUCCCAGUGAUUUCAACAGAACAAAGUUAAGCACGCACUUUUCUUGGGCUGGAAUGAGACUUGGAGGCGAGUCUCACGAUCUGAGACAAUCCCCAGACAGCCCAGGGCGGCCUAAUUGGCCGCCCACACGACUGCCAUCUCUGUCACGGAGCCGUCGGGGGCUGCGGGGAUCGGGGGCCGCAUGCCCCCUGGAAGUUCCAAGAUGCCCCACACAAGUGCACGGGGCAUCCUGGAGAGACCCCCAGAGCCGGGCCGGGAGGCUUGUUUCAGCCUCCCGGUGGGGGUCUCAUGUGUUGCUGUGGCGCGGAGCUGCACUGCGGCAACACACAAAUAGACGGUGUUAGCGGAGCGCUUGCUCCGUUAACCUCGCCUGAGGGGGAAUUAAGAGGGUUUGCUGCCGGGAGCCGCAUGGCUCACGUGGCAGCACAUGAUACACCAAAAGUGGGCUAGGCUUAGGCUCCCUUAGCCCACUUUUGGUGGAUUGUGAGAAUCUCCUCUUAGAUUUACAAAUUACAAAAGAAGAUCAGAUUUUAUUUAGAAACUUUAAAUAAUUGAAAAGAAAAAUACCUAACAGUUUAUUUUCAAAAUGGAUUAAAGAGUAAAGGUGGAUUAUAAUUUGGUGGUAUGAAAUAAACAAUGGAAUUUAACUUUUGUUUUCUUCCUGAACACAGUCUAGCUACCGUAUGCACACUUACAGAUGUGUCUUCACACAUUUAUUUUGAUUAGAAAAGCAGUAAAGGUCUGUAGGCACAACUAUCCAGAUAACCAGAAACUGGAUUUCUUUUUUUUUUACAAAAGUCUUAAAUCCAUUAAGUAUUUUUCAGCACUUUACCUAGCAUGAUUACUGUUUUAUAAACAUGGAAUAUUAAUUAUUAUUAUGACAAUUGUUUGAACCAUUUAAUGUCUGUGGGUUUUUCUUUUGUUAUAGUUGUGUACAUGUUAAUAGUAAAUUCAUUGUCACAUUUAUUUUGAUUUUCUAAUCUAUAUGAACCACUGUAAUAGUGUGGCAGGUCAUAUGAAAUAAAACACUUAAUCCUGA